UCCCAAUAAUUUUAUUUCAAACAAGAAAUAAUAGACUGUUGAGAACAAGAAAUAAACAUAAAUACAAUAUAUAACAGCAUUAUUGAACAUGUACAUUUAUAAUGUCAAAAUUAAAUUGGUGCUCGAGAGUUUCACUCUUUCAGGGGCAGAUAUAAUUUGAAUUGAAGUUAGCACUUUAGCAUUAGCGGAACUAAGGGUUAGCGCUAUUAACUGUUUAGCUAGCAUUGCCCACCACUGGCAAAAGAUAUUUAGGAACUUUGUUCAAGAAGCAGUUGUCAUGUUUGAGACCCUGGAGAUGUUCAUGGUCAAACACCAGCUGGUUGUUUUGGUUCUGCAGCCUUGAGGCUCUCUUGGAGCUGACCAUGUUCGGUUCCUCCUGGACGUAAGUCCCUCUGAAGCAGAGGGCCGACAUGGCAGUCGGAAAGAUCACCUUCACCAAGACUGAAAGGGAGAAGCUAGCUGAAGUCCUCUGGCUGCUCAACUGGAUCUCUGUGGUGACUGGAGCCAUUCUGUUUGGACUGGGCUUGUUUCUCAAAAUAGAGAUACAGAAAUGGCAGGAAGUGAUGUCAGAGCAGGGGAUUCUCUACGUGCCACACAUGCUCAUCACCACAGGACUAGCAGCCUGCGGCAUCAACUACGUCGGCAGUAAGAUCUGCCUGGACUGCGCUGACACUAACAAGUUCCUGCGCUGGAAGCUGGUGAUGAUGCCCUACAUAGUUUGCACCUUCUUCUUCACUGCCUGCGUCCUGGCGGGGGCGCUCAUGUGCUACAGUAUUCGGAGUCAGCUGGAGGAGGCCCUGUACCUGGGCCUGAGGAACACAAUGCGUUUUUACAAAGACACGGACACACCUGGCCGCUGCUACCUGAAGAAAACCCUGGACCUGCUGCAGAUCCAGUUCCAGUGCUGCGGGAACACCGACUACCGGGACUGGUUCCAGAUUCAGUGGAUCAGCAGUCGCUACCUUGACAUGACCAACAGCGCUGUGGUGGACCGUGUGCGCAGUAACGUGGAGGGGAAGUACCUGAUGGACAGCGUUCCCUUCAGCUGCUGCAGCACCCUGUCGUCCCGCCCCUGCAUCCAGCACAACCUGAGCAACCCCGGAGCGCAUGCGCACUACGACGAGCAGAGCCAGCAGCUGAACCUGUGGAGGCGAGGCUGCCAGCAGGCCCUGCUGGACCACUACACCGGCACCAUGCAGUCCAUCGGCCUCACCGUGCUGCUCAUCUGGCUCUUCGAGCUGCUGGUUCUGACUGGAGUUCGGUACCUGCAGACGGCCAUGGAGAACGUCAUCCGGCUCGGGGAUCCGGACUCGGAGUCAGAGGGCUGGAUCCUGGAGAACAGCCUGGCGGAAACAGCCUGCUACAACUUCAGCAUCAUCAAGACCCUGGGGAAGUGCUACCAGGUGGACGACGACCCGAACAUCAACGUCCCGACGGCGGCGGCUGACCAGGAGGCUCCGUCCGCCCAGGUCCAGGUCAACGUGACCUCCUGACCCCAGACCCGCUCUGAUCUGGAGAACUCCAUCGAUACGUUCUGCCUUCAGAAAAAAAACUGCAGCAAAACACAAAUAUUUGACUUUUAUAAAGAUUUGAGGUUUUUGUACUCUUGAACAAGAAAGACGUGAAAAUGUUCAGAAACCAAAUACAGACGGUGCUAAAGCAGAAA